AUGAAUGUCUACGUUUACCAUGUUUUUUGUCAUUGUCUUCAAUUGGUGAUCAAUGAUGGUAUAAAAGCAAGUGGUAUGGCAUUAUCUUUACUCAAGAAGGUAGCUAAUUUAGCUAAAUUUGCUCAUUCAAGUGUAAUAUUUGCUGAACGAUUAGAAAGUAUAAAAUAUAGUAUUCCAAAAGCCAAUCGAACUAGAUGGAAUAGUCAAUUUCAAACAGUGAAAAACGUUAUCAAUAUUCCAUGUUCAACACUUAAUUCUAUUUUAACUGAUUUGAAGAAAAAUGAUCUUAUUCUUACUAGUAAAGAUAGGAAAGUUUUAGAAGAAUUCGUAUCUUUGUUUGAAUUAUUUCAUCAGGCUACUGUAUUAACGCAAGGUCAAUCAUAUACAACUAUUAGCCUGGUUGCACCUACUGUACUUAGUAUACUUUAUGAUCUGGAACGUGAACUUCAUUCUUCUUCUUCUUUCACUCUUAUUUCACUAUGCAAAACUCUUAUUUCAUCAAUUAAAGCUAGAUUUAGUGGCUUACUAUGUCAUUUUGAAAUUGAUGUACCUUUUGACUCAUAUUGUAUGUCGGAACGUUUUUCUGAUGUGAUUUUUCUUAUUUCUCCACUUCUUGAUGCACGUUUUAAACUCUUGUGGCUUAAUAGCCUUGAUACAGUUGUGAAAAUGCGUAUCCUUGAAAAAAUUCGUGAUGCAUUUGUUCGUUUUUUUUCUAAAUUAAUUAUUUCUACGUCGCGAAAUACAGGAGCUGACUUGGCAAAUGCAGCUGAACCAAGUGAUGCCAAUGUAGCAGAAAAAAUCAAUGAUGGAUUAAUCAAAAGAAAAUGUCUUUUCCCUUAUUUCAAUGAAACUAAAAUAGUUUCUAGUAAUGAUAAAACCAAAAUUUUAACCGAAUUAGAUGCUUAUUUGUGUGAAGAAAGUUAUCAAGAAAAUCUACUUUUUAUGAAAAAAUAUUUGUAUCCAUGCUUAUAUCAAAUGGGGUCUUCAGUAUCUGACUGUACCGGCAACAUCAACACCUAUAGAACGUGUUUUCUCACAAAGUGGAUAUAUUAUGCGAGCACAUCGAGCUAA